AGUCUCCUGCUUAAUGAAGAUGCUUUGGCCCAGAUCACCGAAGCAAAAAGGCCCGUCUUCAUCUUCGAAUGGCUCCGGUUUUUGGAUAAAGUGCUUGUGGCAGCAAAUAAGGUGGAUGUGAAAGAGAAGCAGAAGAAGCUGGUGGAACAGCUGACGGGACUAAUCAGCAGCGCUCCGGGACCACCGACAAGAAAACUCCUGGCCAAAAACCUUGCUACGCUCUACAGCAUUGGUGACACCUUCACUGUUUUCCAGACUCUUGAUAAAUGCAAUGACAUCAUCAAAAGCAAGGAUGACACACCAGCAUACUUGCCAACAAAACUUGCUGCAGUGGCAUGUGUUGGGGCUUUUUAUGAGAAGAUGGGGAGGAUGCUGGGAAGCUCCUUUCCAGAUACCAUCAAUAAUCUUUUAAAGGCAUUAAAGAGUGCAGAGUACAAAAUGAGGCUGUAUUCAUGUGGACCACUGAACUGGAGAACGUCGCUACUUUGUGUUUCAAGGCCUUGGAAGGGUCUAACUAUGGCGUUCGGGUAGCCGUAGCGAAACUGCUGGGGACGGUUAUGGCCACGGCCCUGAUGCCCAAACAAGCAGCUGUGAUGCGUCAGAAUGUAAAGCGAGCCACUCUGGAGGAGGUGCUGGAGCUCAUGGCCACAGGCUUUCUGCGCGGUGGAUCUGGCUUCCUGAAGAGCGGAGGAGAGAUGUUGAAGGGGGGAGGCUCUGUCAGCAGGGAGGUGCGGGUGGGCGUCACACAGGCAUACGUUGUGUUUGUGACAACACUUGGCGGUCAGUGGCUUGAGCGCAACUUUGCCACGUUCCUGUCGCACGUGUUGGACCUAGUGUCUCACCCUCGGGCCACGCAGACUCACGUUGAGGCUGUGUACUCGCGCCGCUGCGUCUCCUUCAUGCUGCGCGCCACCUUGGGGGGCUUGCUUGGAGAGAAAGCACAAAUCGCAGCCGGCAAAGAAAUCUGCCAAGCCAUCAGCAAGCAAAUGAGGGCUGUGGGUAAGGAGGAUGGGGGGGAAAUAUCACGGUUCAGAGCAUUACAGAGUAAGUACUCAUCCAUUAUUAUCACCUUUUAAUUCGCUCCUCAUUCAGUUUUGAAAUCUGUUGCAUGGCUUGUGCUUAUGUUGUGUGCAGAGACCGCUUCUCUUUUUCUUUUAUUUCUCUGCUUUUCCUUCUGCUUUCUGCCUGUGAGGUUACUUUCCUCUUUCUUCAUAUCCCCUUUUCACCACAAGUAGUAUCAUAAUGUCAGUAAGAUCAUCCAUUACCUGCGCAGCAUAUUAAGUACUCAUGCUUGCAUUAUUGCAUAGCCUUUAUGGCUUUUUUGCCUGUGAAUUCACAUUUUGUUAUUGCCUUAUAAACCCUAAAGAGCAGUUAACGUAACCUUUUCUGGCAUCUAGCAUCUGGCAUGCACCAGCAGAAAAACUGCACGUGCCACUAAAUGCAAAGACACACGACAGGAUGAUGCCAUUACAUCUAAGAGAACAAGACACAGUGUUUUGCAUUAUUUUAUUAAUUUUUUCGCUUUUUAUCAUCACAAAAUUAUUUUCAAAAUCACCCAUACCUCGUUCACAAAGGAUGUUUCUUACUCUGAUUUGCUUUGCAACCUUUAAACCGAUGUACGUUUCAGAACUUCUUGGUGUUAAGACAGAAUUUCUAAAAAUGUUGGAUUCUCCUGGGUUCUUUGUUGUUCACUCUGUACUUGCUGCUGUAUUUUUUUCCAUCUAGUUGGAUAUGUGAGACUUCUUGAAAUGGGACUUUGAGAAAUGUCUAAGCUAAACAUAAGUGGGAAAAUGUUACCGGGAGCCAUGAUAGAAGUAGGACAUCUAGUAUAUGUGUUUACA